UCACAGAAAGGACUGACGUGUUAAUGUCAGUGUGUGUGCGCUGCCUCGUCAGUCAUACUCCUUCAUCGCUGAUCUGUACCGCGGUCAGCUGCUGCUGGACAUGUCAAAUAUAUAUGACAGACAUCGGAAAAUUCUGCUCCGGUGGCUGCUCUCAACAGCCGACAAGGCGACGGUUUAGACAGAAAAGGAAAGAAUCCGAAGGUCUGUAUUCAACUCCGCGCUGCAGACAAAAGACGGAGGAUGCGCGAUGUCGUAUUUGCGGAAAUGUUUUAGGGGAAGUUGUCUUCAAUGACAAACCAGGACCAAAGAUGAGGAAGAGUUUUGAUAAUGGCUUCAUUGCUGAAGUUAUUGUACGGCUGCUGCUUUUAGGUCUUUUUCUCGUGACUGAGGAGCUUCCUCCCUUCAGCCGUGAGAUCCAGCCUGAAGAACUCUGGCUCUAUAAGUUCCAUCCCGUCAAAAAGGAUCGUGUUCCUACCCGCCUUAUGUUUUCUAUCGCCCUCUUCACUCCAUUGGUGGUUAUUUUUUUAUUUGCCUUGAAACAAGGUGGAAAGGCCGAUAUGAAAGAGGCAUCUUUGGCUGUGACUUUGACCCUGGUGUUAAAUGGAGUUUUCACUAAUGCAGUCAAGCUAAUCGUGGGAAGGCCACGGCCUGAUUUCUUCUACCGCUGUUUCCCGGAUGGCCAAAUGAACCCAGAGCUUCGCUGUAGCGGUGACCCGGAUGUAGUAAUGGAAGGCAGGAAGAGCUUUCCAAGCGGACACUCUUCCUUUGCGUUUGCUGGCCUGGGCUUCACUGCCCUGUACGUGGCUGGAAAGCUGCACUGUUUUAGCCCAGCAGGCCGAGGUAAAGCCUGGAGGUUGUGUGCCUUCCUCACCCCCCUCCUUUUCGCCAUUAUGAUCGCCCUCUCCAGAACAUGUGACUACAAACAUCACUGGCAAGAUGUGUUGGUGGGAUCUCUCCUCGGUUUGGCCUUCUCAUACUUAUGUUACCGACAGCAUUACCCAGCUCUCAAUGACCUGGACUGCCACAGACCCCUCCGAAUGAGAGAGACAGUGGCUCCUGCUCAGGAACGCAAGCAGGCCAACCCAGGCUACCUCUUACCUUUAUAGGAACUCAAAUUCUGCUACAACUUAACCAGACCAACAACCAUAUACUGAGUGAAUGUUUACCAAGCCAGUUGCUGCGAUUAUGUCUAUUUUUUUUUGUAUGCCACCUGUGGACCAACGAGUACUUCUCGUUUUUUGCCUUCCUAUACUGUUUUAGACAUUCACAAUGAGUGUAUUGUAGAGCUGUCUUUUUGAAAAUGUCUUUAAAAAUUUGUACCUUAUCAAGCUAUUUGAGGUUUAUAUGUGAACUAUCCCAGUGAAAGAACUUAAUGUAUGUUAAAACGGCUUCUAGGUCAGUUUCACAACUUGGCAGACAUAUUUAUGGUGAUCUCCAGUAGAGACUGUAUGCAUACAGGAAAUCCCAAUAUCUUUGUCAAUAAAGUUUGUGAUUUAUAAUGUA